GACUGGAGGAUGCAGAGCACCUUCCUCUUUGUUAAAUACGGAGCUUUUAUUAAAGAGGGGAAAAGGAUUCCAGAUUGCGCUGGUGUGGAAUUCACUAACAGGAUUGGGCUGCUUCAUUUAUUGAGGACCUGUCCUCCAGUCCCAUGAUAUUCCCAGUGUGUGGCCAGCUGGUGACUGUUGACUGUCUUUGUACGAUGGAAGCGUGUGCGAGCCCAAGCUCAAAUUGGACAGGGCUGGGGCAGAGAAAUAAUUGGGCUCAUCCAACGACAACUUACAGAGUAACUAUGGAACAGAUCUUUGAACUAAUUAGGAGCUGAGAGCAACUGUUGGACUCUCCACCUCACAGUGCUGAGCAAGCAAAGCCCGUCUCCAAGGAGAUGUCAAACAAAACUCUGGUCACAAUCACCAGCCGAUGCCACAAGCAGUGAAACUCAAGGUGCUUAACAAUUUUUACCCAAUGUAACAUUUAGAAAAGAAUGAAUUAACAGCCUUUUCUUCCUUUUGAUUUUUUUUGUGUGGAAUUUUGAUGGCAGGCUCCCCAGCUGGAGCAUGAAAUCCCUUUUUUCCAGCGGUUGGCCAAGGUGAGAGAGAGCCUGUCACCACGGGCCCCUUCAACACCUCAUGCCGCAACAGAGGACCUUCAGCCUGAAGGUGCACCUGGAGGAAACUGGGGAGAAGUUCCAAAUAAGAGGCUGCCGUGACAACAUGACGAUAGGGGAGAUGAAAUCCAAGCUGGAGCUGAUUACUGCAGUCCCCACCAACUACCAGAGGCUCUACUACAUUGAUGAGGGAGAAAUGCCCGACAACGUCACCCUGAAAUUCAACGGCGUAAUCAGCGGUGGGAUAAUAAGGAUGAAAACGUGGCAUCAGGAUGGUUGGCAGAACCUGCUGCGAGCUGCUGCACUUGGCAACAAUCAGGAGCUCCUGUCCCUCGGUGUUACCAAGCACAGCAACUAUUCCACACCAAAUUCAAGGCGAAUGAAUGCGGAGGAGAAAACGGACUGGCUCGCAGAGCGUAACUUUAUCGCGCUCCUUCUCGCUUCUCACAGAGGCCACACGGACAUGGUUAGGUUCCUCCUGAUGAACGGCUCGAACCUGAACACCAGAACGAGAGAUGGGCACUCGGCCCUACACAUGGCGGUGGUUGGCGCCAAGGGGCAGUGCCUCAGCUACCUGCUCCAGCAGGGCGCGGACAUCGAGGGCACUGACCGCCAGGGUCGGACGGUGCUGGACCUGGCACGCAUGACAGGACACAAGGAGAACAUCGGCAAGGUGCUGCAGUUCCAGUGGCUGAAGCGGACGGCCGGCCUUAAACCCGCCGGCCCCAUCGGGAGGUCAGACCUCUUCGCCCACCAGAAGUUCGACUCCACCCUGAAGACGUGGCAGGCGGGCACGCACAGGAAGCUGUACAUGGCCAACCUGCUGAAGUCCUGGGGGCCUCGGGGGCCCCUCGCUGACCGCAGGCCUCCCAUCCCAGGCACGGUGGGCGCAAGGGGGCCCAGGAACCCACGCCGAGCCCAGCCAGCUGCACCUUCCCCAGGCCGGCAGCUCGCACCUCGUCAGUCCCAUCAGCUGCCGCCAGCCACCAACACCAGACGCAGCCUAGCAGUACCCAGCAGAGCCGCCCACCCCAGGGCUGGCCGGUCAGGUGACAGGGAGCCCUGGAGGGCCCGACAGGGUUAAGCGGA